AAAGAAAAGAAAAGAAUAGAAAAAACUUUGAUUGUCAUACCAAUCGCGUUAUCUCCCCGAAAAAGGGAAUUGCCUUUUUUUCCGAUGAUUGUUUUUGGGGGCAUUUUGAUAUGAUUUCGUGUCUGUAUGAUAAACUGAGGACUGCUAAUUUGUCUGUUAAUCUAGGAGCUGACCGAUUAUAGCUAUGGGGGAGUGAAAGCUCGGCAUUUGGUAAUCGUCUUUUUCUUCAGCUGACGACUUCUUUUUGUAACGACUACGCAAAGAUUCAUAAUACUGCAACCAUGGGCCUUUGAUUUUUAUGUUUCCCAAUUAUUUGGUUUUGUCGAGCCUGAAUUUUCUGCUAAAGUUGACCGCAGGGAGAUUAACUUUCAUAGAAGUUUCAGUUUGGUGGAAAUUUGGAAACCUUGCGGGAAAUCCAAGGGCUUUUAGGGUUUCUUAGCAUCCAAUACUUUCUGAGAAACAUCUAUGUCAUUCCAAUUCGGUAAACCCCUGUGAGGUUUUUUAUUUUGUUUGGAGGAUGUAACGGUUUCUUUAGGUUCAAUCAAUCCUCUGAAAGCUGAGGCGGAGAAUUGAGUUUUUGGUUCUGAAUUUUUGUUCAAUUUUCUUUGUCUUCCUUGGAAUUCUGAGUUUACGUAAAGUGGGUUUAUUCCGUGGGUUUGAAUUUAGUACUUUAUGGUUUGUGAUUGGGGGUUUUAAGAUUUAGGUCGAUGGACGAAGCGCAGGGCAGUUCGAAUACGUUGCCUCCUUUCCUGACAAAGACUUACGAGAUGGUCAAUGAUCCUUCCACGGACUCAGUUGUAUCCUGGACUUCAGGUAAUAAGAGCUUUAUUGUAUGGAACCCAUUGGAGUUCUCGAGCGACCUGCUGCCAAGAUUCUUCAAGCAUAACAAUUUCUCAAGCUUCAUUAGACAGCUUAAUACAUAUGGUUUUAGGAAAGUGGAUCCAGAAAAAUGGGAAUUUGCAAAUGAGGAUUUUGAGAAGGGUCGGCCAGACCUUUUGCGGAACAUCCACAGGCGAAAACCAGUUCAUACUCAUUCGUUGCAGAAUGUUCAAGGACAAGGACUUCCACCUCCAUUGUUGGAUCUUGAAAGGAAGAGAUUCAAGGAAGAGAUUGAGAGGCUUAAGCACACUAAUGAAAAGCUUCUUCUGGAGUGGCAGAGACAUGAACAAGAGCAUCGUGAUUUGCAGUUGCAAAUGCAAUUGAUGAAGGAUCGGUUUCAGUGUAUGCAGCAACAGCAGCAAACAUUGCUUUCUAAUGUCGCUCGUGUUUUGCAGAAACCAGAAUUGACGAUUUAUUUUGUGCCGGAAUCGGAUUCUCAUGAUAGAAAGAGGAGGUUGGCAACAGUCACCUACUGUUGCAAUGUAUCCAGUGCUGAGGAUGAUCUAGCAGAGCAUUCCCAUUCAAUGUCAAAACAGCAAAUAGAUUAUUCUUCAACCUCAGACUUAAACAUGGAGCAGCUUGACAAGUUAGAUUCAUCCCUAACAUUUUGGGAGAGGACCAUUCACGAUGUUGAUCAAACUAUCUUUCUACCUAACCUGAGGUCGAAUCAAACCAAAAAAGACAUUCAAAGCCCACCUACUCCCAUACAACUAGAUAGGAAUCAUCAGUCCAAGUCUCAUGUUAUUGACAUGAAUUCGGAGCCUGUUGGAAGUAUUGCUUCCGAUUCCAUUGCAUCAAGAAAAGAAGCUGGUGAAACUACUGCAAUUGCGCGCAACGGGGCUAAUGAUGGCUUUUGGGAACAAUUCUUGACUGAGAAUCCUGGUUCAUCCGAUAUUCCAAAAGUUGCAUCUGAAGGAAAGGAUUCUGAUAAUGGUAGAAAGAAUGAGAGUAAGUCCAGAGGCUUUGGAAAACUUUGGUGGACUGGGAACAAGAUAAAUAACCUUGCAGAACAGAUGGAACACCUUACUCCAACUGAGAAAACAUGAAACUUUUUUUUUUUAUCAUUUUUUAAGUGCUGAUGCCCUUGUUGCCCAUGUGUAAUAAAUUUAGGUACUAAUGCGAUCGAUAGAUUGUUGAUAAUGUUGUGCAGCUAUAAAGAGAUCAGUUUCUGCGACUUUCCCAUAAGCAUGGUUGUAGGGAUUUCUGGCUCAUAAAGGUUUUUUCUUUUCACCAUUUGAUUGUGAAUAUUAGCCAACCAUACAGUAGCUUAUGUCUAAUUCUUUCUUUUUUACUUAGCCUGAAUGUGAGGUUAUAUGAUAUCUACAAUAGAACAGGCACGAUGCAUCCGAUAGAUGAGUGAAGGAAACAUCAAUGUGGAAGCUCCUUGUCCAACUUUCAAGUGUUUGUACUAUAUACUCACUUGCAAUUUUUCUUUUUCUCCUCUUUGUUCAUUGCAAUUAGCUUAUUUUCAUUUUCUAAUAAUUUCCCAUGGUAAUUAUUUAAAAAAAAAAUUGUUAAUAAGAAGUGAAAAUGUUCAUAUUGCGUCGAUGAUAGUUUUUGUUUUGAUGAUGAGGAUGUUGGCUUCAACCAUUUGAUAUAGGGUGGCAGUGAAAAAUUCUUGGAUGAUUUGUUGCUACUUUCAGACACUAGUCAGCAUUUGGAAGAAUAAUAUCAUAAGCUUUUUUAAAACUAUUUGUAUGCCAAUCUCGUGUGAUUAUUCACAUAUCACAGGAACGUUAGUUUUAGCUUACUGCUGCCUUUUGUCUUUUGCAGUCCAAGGUUUUCUUUUCAGAAAAUCUAUUAUUACUUAUUGGCUACGUCAUGCAGUGAUGAUCAAGCUAUUUCUUGUCGGAUUAAUCUAGACAUGCUCGGAUAAUGCUAGGUUUUUUCAUCUUACAUGCUAAGGCAUGAGGCUCUUUUGUUGUAUUUGAGAGGCCAUGGUCGUAUCAUAUUUUGGCCUGUAUCUUUGUUCCUAUUUAACUGCUUGUAAAAUUUGUUUAUAUUUGUUCGUAAACCAAUGUAAAGCUUGAUGUACGGCCCUUUGCUUGAGGUUUAGUGUUAAAAGUUGAAGUUGCUGCCUUUGACGGCCAACUGGGUAAUGCUGGCAACUCAAUAUUCCAAUUCUAAUAUCUCCCUUAACAAGAAUUUUCUUCACGACUUGAUUUGCAUUCUAAAUUAUGCUUUUUCAUAUUGUUGCUGAAACUGGAAGGAUAUGAUGUUUGGAGGUUCUUAUUGUGGAUUUAUCCAUUUUAUAUCAGUUUUGACUUAUCCUAUAUGGACCUUUUCUUUCUAUUUUACCGCAUAGGUUUCUACACUUGCAGAUUUUUUUCAUCAUCGAGGUUAUUGAUGGUGUUUGACUUGUAUAAACUGUGGUAACAGAUUCGGGUGCAAUCUAAUGUGGUUUAAACUACAAGGAUACAAAAUUAGGUUUAGUUUCCCUAAUAAUUUCCGGUGUGGUACCGAAACAUGUCGUAGCUUGUUGGCUUAGUGGGGCAGCUGAGUUAGGCAGACUCAAUGCAUUCCACAGGUCGCAGGUUCGAUCUGUUUUUGUAUGGAAAGCAAGGUAAUCGCAGCCCGCAGGUGUGGUCUUCAAAUCCCCAUGUUAAAACACUGACUCUGUGUCAAAUAACUGGCUAAGACUUAGCCGAGGUAAUAUCAUGAUUCCUGACACAUACAGAUUAUAGUAGUAGGCUUCAAACUAUCUGAGUCCCUUCCCUCCCUCCCCAACCCAAAAAAUAAGGUCUGCAUCAGUAUAGUAAUGAAUAGCAUCAUACCUGACUAUAGGCAAUUUUGAGUGCAGAGUGAAACUCGAGUAGCGUCACAGCUGCAUCUGCUAUCCUGAAUAGAUCCAUUCAUCAUGGAGCUGCUAUUCUAUCAUGAACUUGAGUAGAAUUGAAGUUGUAGAUAUCGUUAGUGAUACUAGAGCUAUGGAAUCAUUUGUCUAAAUGGUGAUACUGGAUUGGAGUGUAACCGCCAGUGAAACACAGGUCAUGAAUCUCAUGCUUGCUUUAGGUUAAGCUCGCCAUUGAAGUCAGUUUGAUCACAUAUUUUGAGAAAAUAAAGAGCAAGUUUGCAGUCGUUUCCUUCAAAAGAAGUGGUUUUACUGUGUUGUUUCAAAAUUUGUAGUGAAAGUUUGAGUACUAUUCAGUAUUUCCAAUUUCCAUGCAAACUUUUCCUUAUAAAUAGAGAUGGAUCAAUUUGGGGUUC